CUCAGCCAGGCUAGGCUUGCAGUACGGCCAGACCGUAUGGAUUUUCUCUCUCAAACAUACAUCGCCCUACGGGGACCUACAGGCGCGCCUCAGACUGCUUCUGAAACCAUCACCAAGCUCAGCGACAGGCUGUCUCCUGGUACAUUGUUGGCAGACCGUCGCGCUGCAGUACUUUCCCUCAAAGGCUUAACACGAGAUUGGAAGGAAGAUGUUGGCGAGAAUGCAUUGCCAGGGCUCCUAGAAGUCUUACAGAACGAUGCAGAGAUAGAUCCAGAUAUAGGGAAGGCUGCUCUGGAGACCCUGAAUACACUGUGCGAGGUGGACGAGAAUACGAAAGACUUGGCUUUGCGGCACACAGAAUACGUGCUGGCAAAGGAGCAGCCCACCCACACGCUUUUCGCGCUUCUUGGGAAUUCCAAUUUCUACAUACGCUACGCAACCAUUCAGUUAUUGACGACACUUCUCCAGAACCGGCGGCAAGUAGUUCAGGGUUACUUUCUCAAAGCACCCUCAGGUGCAUCCAGCGUCAUCGCAGUUUUGGAGGAUAAACGGGAGAUAAUUCAAAAUGAAAGUAUCGCUUUGAUUCAGAGCCUCAUAUCACAGAGUCCUGAUAUUCAGAAAGUGCUAGCAUUUGAAGGUGCAUUCGAGAAGCUCUUUCAUACUGUCACUCAAGAAAAUGGUGUCGAGGGUGGUAUUGUUUCUCAGGAUGCCCUGAAAUGCGUUGAUGGCCUGCUUCGCUUCAACACAUCUAAUCAAAGUUAUUUCCGUGAAACUACAUUACCCUCAUCACUAUGCUCCCUAUUACAAUUUCCACCAAAUUUGCAAAUCCAAGACCCAGUUCCGCAAGAGUUUUCAUUACAAUUCUGGGAUCAACAGAAGCUCAUCAAUGUUUCGUUGGUUAUUGGUAUCAUGGGCAUGCUCAUCAGCUCUAAAGGCAAUAGUGCCCCCGAUUCGUCCGUCUUCGUACGCUGCUUCACGGAGUUAGCACUGUCAUCUAAUGCCCCCACCCCCCUCAAGACACAGGCCUUGCGGUUACUUCCUGACAACCUCACCUUCCCUCUUUCUGGAGUCAUACUUACUCCGUACAUGCCUGUGCCUGAGACGAAUGGUGAAGAGUGGGAUCGCUUAGAGCCUGCCUCCGCGCUGGAUGUAUUAGUGGAGCUCGCUGUACAUGGAGAGUACAAUGGUUUGUACAGGGAUAAACGAACUACAGAGAGUCUGGAGUUGAGAAGUGCUGCUGCUACUGUUUUCGAGAACUUUGUUAAUAAGGAGGAAAUUCGACAAGCCAUUGUUCAAGGCAUGGCACCAUCUGAAGCUUUAGCUACCAAUAUCCCAUCCAUUUCCCCCCUGCUCUAUGCCCUUUGCCUCCCUCCCUCCUCCCCUAUCAACUUCGCUAACGUAACCAGCACGCAUUUCGCUACACUCCUUUUUGCUCAGCUUCUGUCAUCUUCCUCGAGGUCGAAAACACUGGCCCGAUCGAUUAAACCACACACCGCCGUACCAACAACUCCGGCUCAGGGACAGUUUUUCGUCCCUGCAGACGGCCCACUAAGAGAGGGUGCAGAAGUAGAAGACGAGGAUGACGAUGAUUCGCCUCAAAGUCUUCUCCAUCUCUUUAAUGAGAAUCUAUCGCUUGCUUUCCUUUCCCGUUCGCGUAUGGAGUCAAAUGAUCAGGAAGCGAGGGAGUGGGACAAAUUGAUUAUAGCCUACUUGUGUCUACUAUCGCAGUGGCUCUGGACAGACCCCAAAGCUGUCCGAGAGUUUUUAGAUACUGGAGGCUUGGGUGUGUUAGUGGAACCAAUCAACCAGACAACAGACGCUGAAAGCUUGAUUCCUGGCCUAUGUGCCUUUUUGUUGGGUAUAUGCUACGAGUUCAAUCGCCAACCAGGAGAGAUCACUCGGGCGACAAUUCAUCCUAUCAUCAACAGACUUGGUGUUGACAUGCUCGUUGGGCAGAUGAACCGCUUACGUGAAGACGAUAGAUUCAAGGCCGUUGGUCCCACUUCCAUCGUUCUUCCCUAUCCCACAGCCAUUUCGCUGCGGUCCGGAACGACAGCCCCUAGUGAGACUGAAGGAGAAAUCUGGUUUGACUGGGCCUUUGUUGAUUUCUGGAAAUCAAAUCAGUAUACCAUUCAAAGGGGCCUUGGUACCGAUCCUAAUGCCAUGUCGCCCUCUGCAGGCGCAAGUGCAGAAUCUGCAAUGCUCAUCAGCUCUCUACGAGACGUCAUCCGAUCACAAGCUCAGGAAUUAGAGGAAAUGCAGCAAAAGAUCGGAGAAGCUUCGGCCUGGGAAACGAAAUUAAGUGAGCUUCAGGCUCAAGUAUCACAAAUGGAAGCACGGCUUGUGCAGACUGAUGAAAAAAAUAAAGAACUUGAGAAGGAGCAAGAGGACUUGUUGGUAUUGUUGGAUGAGGUCAGCACCAAGCGAAAGAAGGAUAAGGAGAGGCUUAGGGCGGCUGGGCUUGAUGUUUCUGAGGAUGAGGGGGAUGAAGAAGAGGAUGAAGAAGAGGAAGAAGAUUAGGACUAUAUACCAUUGUUUGUCGUGGAGUAUGUGUUAGGUCUACUUGAAGAUUCAUUGACAACUCGUCUUAUAUAUCAUACAAGAAUCAAAUAUGACAGUGCCCAUUGUAUUGGUUUGUUAUUAUAAGGAAGUAAUAUAGGUGAAGCACUUUGAAACAUUGCACUUGAUGUGCAGAACCUGUACAGUAUAGUAGACAAUAAUAUAAACCACAUACAAGUUAUUAAUAAGAUACAACUGUUUCCCUAUCAUGUGACACAUUUGAUUCACCUGAUACCCCAUCAUUGCUUGUCAAGCUCCUCCUCAGAUAGAUGCCGUAUACGACUGGCGUACGCUUACACGGCCUGCCCGGCAGAUCGACUUGUCCAAGAGUCCCAUAAGGACUGUCGCGAUUUCUCGUCUGCAAUGGUCUCAGCGAACUGCACAAUCUUCCAGACAUCUUGGAAUGAGCUUGCGAGUCCAAGGCUGAUCCUGACUACGCCCAACUCUCGUCCGACAGCGGUCUCGAAGUCCUUUAAGGUAACUCCGGGAUAAAGGAGAGCCAUAUCAUUUUCAAUACCUAAAAUCGCCGCUGCGCCACCUGGAUUACACAUACAUCCAGUCCGAAGAGAGAUAUUCUGGAGUGCAGCAACAUACUCCACAAACGAAUUAGGCACCAUUCCCCCAG